GGCUGCUCUCCUCCAAUAGAAAAGUUCAUCUGAACGGGACGCUCCGGCUCCGGGUCGGGCUGUGAUGCGGUUCGGGACCAGGUGUGCCACAUGCGGAUAUAGUGCACUGAAAUCUCCCCCAUUAUCUGCCUUAAAGCCCUCUCCAGUUCAUGUCCUGUCCAUCGACUUCUUCUUUGCAUCCCUCUGCCUAUCCGCCUAACUCACGUGGCUGCAAUAAGUCGAUUUGUUGACCGUCAUGGCUUCCACUGCUUUACUGCUCCUGACCCUGUCCUCCUCCGUCUCCCUCACAGUGGCGGUCCUGUUCGGCGAGCCUAGAAUCUAUGGAGAUGAUGCGACUGGAUAUGGCCCUAUCUUUGAGGAGGAGCCGGUGGAUGUGGUCUACACCGAAGACUCGCCCGAUGCGAGAAUCUCAAUGAACUGCAGGGCACGAGCAAAUCCGCCUGCUUCAUACAGGUGGCGGCGUGAUAACUGGGAAAUCAAGCUGAUGGAGCAGCCAGACGAGCACUACAGCCUUGUGGGGGGGAACCUGGUUAUCACCAACCCCAGACAGAAGAAGCAUGCUGGGACGUACUUGUGCGUGGCAAGGAACAUCUACGGCACCGUCAUCAGCAAGGAGGCCAGGGUCAAGUUUGGAUUCGUGGAGGAGUUUCCCCAGGAGGAAAGAGACCCGGUGUAUGUCAAAGAAGGACAGGGGGCUGUUCUGCUGUGUGCCCCUCCAAAAGUCUGGCCACAGGAGGUGACCUACCGCUGGAUCUUCAACGAGUUCCCAGUUUUCCUGUACACGGAUCGCCGUCGGUUUGUCUCCCAGAAGACGGGGAACUUGUACAUCUCCAAAGUGGAAUCUCAGGACGCGGGAAACUACUCCUGCUUUGUUUCCAGCCCCGUCACCGGGAAGAGCGUCUUCUCAAAGUUCAUCCCCCUCAUCCCCUUACCCCCUGAUGAAGGUGAGGCGAGAAAGUACCCAGCAGACAUCAGGGUGAAGUUCCCAGAUACUACUGCCAUGCUGGCCUCUAAUAUUACAUUGGAGUGCUUUGCUCUGGGAAAUCCCAUCCCUCAUAUUGUUUGGAGGAAGGUGGACCACACAGACCUCCCACCCACUCAUGAGAUCAGUGAAUCGGGGGCUGUGCUUCAUCUGUACAAUGUACAGUACGAAGACGUGGGAGGGUACGAGUGUGAAGCCAUCAACACUAAAGGAAAGGACUGGCACAAGGCCUGGCUGUAUGUGGAGUCUGCUCCAGAGUGGGCGGAAACCAUCAACAACACUCAGAUGGACAUCGGCUCUGAGCACUCCAUGCGCUGUGUGGCAUCAGGGAAGCCCUUCCCUUUCAUCCGCUGGUACAAAGAUGGAUAUAUGUAUGGGAAGGGAGAGUUGAAGUUUUCCAGUCUCACUUUUGAUGACUCAGGAAUGUACCAGUGUCUCGCUGAGAACUACUGGGGCAUCAAAUACGCCAACGCUGAGCUGCGAGUCAUCGCCUGUGCUCCCACAUUCGAGUUUAACCCCGUGAAGAAGCAGCUUCUCGGGGCUAAAGAUGGCCUCGUGGUGAUCGAGUGUAAACCCCGAGCUGCUCCUAGACCGCGGUACACCUGGACAAAGGGCAAAGAGCACCUCUUCAAUAAUUCACGCAUUUCCAUCAUGUUCGAUGGGAGUCUGGAGAUCCUCAACGCCACCAGCAAUGACGAGGGAGUGUACACAUGCUUCGCCGAGAAUGACAGAGGAAAGGCCAAUAGCUCUGGCUAUCUCACCAUCACAGAGGCUACCAUCAUCACAGAACCGCCUGAAGACACCGAGGUGAUGGUCGGCGAUGAGGUGGUUCUGAGGUGCGCCGCUUCAUACGACCCCAUGCUGGACAUCUCAUUCAUCUGGUCCAUAGACUUCAGGGUCAUCGACUUUGACUCCGAGUGGGAACACUACGAACGCAUCAUGAGUGACGAUGGCAGCGGUGAUCUGAGAAUAAAGAACGUCCAGAUUUGGCAUGAAGGUCGCUACAUCUGCCUGACUCAGACAGUGGUGGACAGCGAUAGUGCAUACACUGACCUCAAGGUUGUAGGUGUUCCAGGGCCUCCCGGUGUGAUCCGGGUGGAAGAAAUCGGGGAUACGAUGGUGAAGCUGUUGUGGACUAAAGGAUCGGAGCACAACAGCCCUAUUCUCUCCUACACCAUUCAGACCAGACACUUCUGGGCCCUGAAUGAAGACGACUGGAAGGACGCCAGCACCAUUCCAACCUUUCUUGAUGGCAAUAUGGAGAAGGCAGAAGUGACAGAUCUGUACCCCUGGAUGGAGUAUCAGUUCAGGAUCAUCGCCACCAACGAGCACGGCUCCGGAGAGGCCAGCAUCCCCUCCCUCAAGAUCAAAACCUGGGAUGCUUCUCCAGUGGUUUCUCCCAUGGAUGUAGCGGGUUACGGAGGUAGAAAUGGCGAGAUCGUCAUCACAUGGACUCCCGUGGAGCCGUGGUAUUUCUAUGGCAAAAAGUUUGGCUACAUUGUGGCAUUCAAGCCUCAUGACGCUUACGACUGGUGGUACGAGACCAUUUCAGACCCCGAGACGAGGCGUUACGUCCACAGGGACACUUACUUCGUUAUCACUGCUGAAGAUUUCCAGGUCAGAGAAUUUCAGGUGAAGAUCCAGUCAUUUAAUGUGAAAGGAAACGGACCAUACAGCCUCACCAAGGUCAUCUACUACCCAAGAGAUGUACCUGUAGAGUCUCCAACAGACGUCUAUGCCAGGCCGGUGUCCUCCACUGAAGCUCUGGUCUGGUGGUUGCCAGUGGUCGACACUGGUACAGGCCUGCAGCAGUACAUUGAGGGAUACCAGGUCAAAUACUGGAGAAAGUACGAUGACCCGGAGCCGGGAGCGCACCGUAUAUUUGUCGCAGCCACAGUCAACCAGACCAGGUUGGAGAACAUGCUGCCAGACUCGCACUACCUCAUUGAGGUCCGUGCCUUCAACGGAGCCGGCCUUGGACCUCCUGGUGAACACUGUGAGAUGUUCACAAAGAGACCACCACCACCAGACCCUCCCAGGAUGUGGCGCUAUGUUACCUGGACAGGCCAGUGGAUGUAUGUGUGGUGGGAUCAUAUCCAGUAUGACUGGUUUGGCAAUAUUUCCUUCCCACUGUACUACAAGGUCAUGUUCAGAAAGACGGGCUACAUCUAUGGGAAAGUCUACGUCACUGGCUGGCACUUCAUGGACUUCCCCAUGCCUCAGUUUGGAGACUAUGAGCUGAUGGUACGCGGCCGUUAUGAAGGAGGGGACGGCCCAGUCAGGAAGAUUAGGAUCAAGGGUAAAGCAUCAAUGAUCACGCCCACUCUAAGCCUGGUGUCUUUGGUGCUGCUGGCGCUGUGCAUUGCGGGAUUGGAAAUUUAAGCUGCCCUGCCACAAGUGACAUGUAUAUAAUAGACUCUUUGUGGAUAGAAGAGAUCCAGUCUUCACCUCCAAACACUCCUCACACUUACAGUCAUUGGUUAAGAUCCCACGUCAUGCAUCUGUUCUGUUGCAACACGACACAGGAAGUUGUUUUUCACCCCCCCAAAAAAAGCAUUGGGUGUUGGCCCCCGACAUUUUUUCAUGGACUUAUUUCAUCUUCUACAUCAGCUAUUCUCAACCACUGGGCCGGGGCCCACUGGUGGGCCUCAGAGCACCACCUAGUGGGCCGUGGAGGACCUGCCAAAUGGUUAGAUUAACCUCUUCAAAAUCUGACGGCCGCUUUUCUAUCUUUCAGAGGUUGUAGCAGGCUCAGUUUUAAAGCUACCGGUAUCAUAGGAAACUAAAAAACCUAAAGAAUCCAUUGGUCCCAACCAUGUCUUGCCAUUUUGUCAGGAAGGAGGCUAAAUAACGCUCCAAAUAUACACAACAUUUUGGCGAGGAAAAACUGGCAUGGCCAUUUUCAGACGGGUCUCUUGACCCAUAUCUGUAUCAUGUCAAAGCCAAAAUGAAUGAAGACAGAUGGUAGUUGAUGAUAUGUGUGUGUUCAGAUAGAAAUAAAAGAAUUCAGAAAAGUCCAUUUUUAUCGGUUUAUGUUCUGAUCACUGUUUCCUGUUUGGAGUUGAAGUGAACUGGACUUACAGUAGUCUACCGAGGUAGAAUUUAACCCAUAGAAUGGGGAAAUGUUAUUUAUAACAAGCACUACCAAUCUCUCAGAUGGUCAAGCAAUGAAUAUCGUGUAAAGAACUGUAUGAUAAUCACUGUAUUUUGUUUGGAAUGAGCAGAGAAGGAUGUGUGACUCUGUAUAGAUUUUAUGAACAUAUGUCACUUAUCCUUUUUUUUGUUGGAGCACACACAGUAUAUCACAUAUUUGAAUCAAGCUUUUUCUUCACAAUCAUUUGAUAAACAAUUUAAAUUAAUUUUCAACAUGGUGCUGUUUGCUUGCUUAAUGUUUAUUUAAAUUGUCAUUCUCACCAGAAUCAUGCGCAUAGACAAUUAAAGUAUGAUUUCUUGCUGCUCCAAUGAAAGCCAUAUCACUUUACUGACAACUUCCCUUUGAUGAUUUCUGAAAGCAAAAAUGUAAUCUUUGAAUGAACCGGAGUUGGACAGAAAUCGCUGUAUAUCACAUAUGUGUAUGCUAAUUUCCUUUAUGUCAGGCUGCAAAACCAUUAAACAGAGUACAACAAUCUA